AUGUGGGGAAACUGCAGCAGCAAAGACAGCCGCUUUGAUGCCGAUGAUAGAUUCUGGAAAUCCUUCAUCCGCAUGCAUCAGCAGCAGCAGCAGCAGCAGCAGCAGCAGCAGCAGCAGCAGCAGCACGAGCAGGAUCCCUUCGACAGCAACUUCGGUGACCAAAGCUGGUGGCGGCGGCCCCCGCGUCCCUCUGGUCAUCGCCGGGCGAAGACGAAGCAAAGCCGCAGAGAGAAAGCAGCAGCAGCUGCUGCUGCACGUGCAGCAGCAGCUGCUGCUGCAGCAGAAGCAGCUGCUGGAGCUAGACGCGGUGGCAGCAGCAGCAGCAGCAGCAAACAUUCUACAAAGAGCCGCCAGCAACAGCAGCAGCAGCAGCAGUGGCGGUUUGUCGAUGUCUUUGUGCUUGAAGAAGACGAAGACAGCAGCAGCAGCAGCAGCAGAAACAGCAGCAGCAGCAGCAGCAGCAAACGCGGCUUCGGUAAGAGACAGCGGCGGUCGCAGCAGCAGGAAUCUGAACAGAGAGAAGAACGCCAACAGUACAAACCCAGCAGCAGCAGCAGCAGCAGCAACAGCAACACCAGCAGCAGCAGCAGCAGCAGCAGCAGCAGUAAAGCUGCUGACGAAGGGCCUUCAUUUGAUUUGAAAUCGACGCAGGCAGACACAGACACCCCACAAGCAGCAGCAGCAACAGCAGCAGCAGCAGCAGCACCAGCAGCAGCAGCAGCAGCAGGGGGAGCAGCGCAGCCGGGGGCUUCACAAACAGCAGCAGCAGCAGCAGCAGCAGCAGCAACCACUAAAACUGCUGCUAAACCCCGCAACACAUUCUUCGAUACAGACGAUGAAAGUGACGCAGAAGCAGAUGAACCACUGCAGCAGCAGCAGCAGCAGCAGCAGCAGCAGCAGCAACAGCAGCAGCAGCAGCAGCAGCAGCAGCAGCAGCAGCCUGGACGCAGCACAGUUGUCACCAGGAGGACUCCGAAUGCCCCCCGAACAGCAACAGCAGCAGCAGCAGGCGCAAGAGCAAGAGCAGCAGCAGCAGCAGCAGCAAGAGCAGCAGCAGGAGCAGCAGCAGCAGCAGCAGCAGCAGAAAGAAAGUAG